UUUUCUACGUAAAACACCUUGUCAUUGGCCAUCUGUGCUUGCUAAUAAUAUAUGUUUGCUAUCCCCAUUUGGCCGGCGCCUGUUUUUUACGAGCCACUCUAGAGUACAAAGCGCUUUUGCGAAUACGGGCCGUUUCACUCAAAGAGCAAUUUAUCUUUCUCCGCUACAGACGAGCUGGAAUGGAUCGACAUGGACGAAGUGCUGGGGACGCCGUGGCAGAACAUCAGCCUCGAAUUGUUCAAGCCGGUCGGCGUAGCCCUUGGAGUCGAAUUCAGGAACAAAACGGUAGAAGGGAGACGCCGCGAAGUCGUAUACGUUGAAAGCCUCACACGUAACUCGCCACUCGCCGCCGGCGGGCUGUUGGUGGGAGACUUGAUUGUUUCCAUUGAAGGAGUUCGAAUAGUCGACUUCAAGCAAGCAGCCAAGGUCCUAUCCAAAGCCAGAGAGCAGGUCGUCAUCAACGUCGAGAGAAAAAAGGAUUUCAAGUGGGACAAGAGAAAGGCCCUAAGCUCCUCGCCGCCACCAGAACACGAAGAGCAUACAUUGACUCAGGACGACAAAACGAAGAUCAGCAACAAGACUACCGACUUCAACUUCACCGACCGGCCGGAGAAGAGGGGCGACAGCGCGGCGAUUCUCAUCAGAGCCAAGAACAAGGGCUUCCCGAUAAAACGGACCACCUACGUUCUCUCCAACCGAGAGCCCGUUUUCUUGGAGUCGUUCAGUUUUGAAGUCAAGAACCACUACCGCUUCAUCAACGUCGGCGUCUGGAGCAAGGGCCAGAUCAUUAGCCUGCAGGGUGUCAAGAAGCCCCGCAUAGACACCAUGCUCGGAUACACCGCCAUCCCCGUAUCCCACGUGCUGGAGGAAUGCCUCAAAACCACCGAAGGUUACCACGGUGAAGUCGUCAAGCUCUUGUGUCCCCACUUCACUCGGGUUCCCAAGGAAUUCCACAAGUACGCCACCCUGUCGGGCUUCGACCCGCGUCACUGCUACGGCGACAUAACGCUUCGCUUCCUGUUCAAGGGCGAGUACAAGGUCAAGGGCUCCCAGCUCAGCUUCGAGCGCGCCCGCGAGAUUAGGGAGGAAGAGCCCGCGGGACCCGUCCUCGCCGGCGAGGAAACGCGGCCCGGGGGUGAUGUGAAGUCCUUGGCUCACGACUUCGAGGAUGUCAUAUUUAAGAAAGCGACGACUUGCAAGUUCUGCAACACCAGGAUCUGGCUCAACAAGGGAAUGCGUUGCAAGGUCUGCAGAAUGAUCAUCCACAGCAAGUGCCACGUCAAGGCCAUGCAGCUGACCUUAUGCAAGCAAAAAAUGUGGCCAGAGGAAGAGGCAGAGCCCGUCGGAGGCGCUCCUGAAUCUAGCACAAAGGAAGAACAGGAGAUGCGACUACUGGCCAACGUAGUCAAGGCCCAAAGGCCCGCCCAGUCAUUCGUUCCGAAGACAAAAACGGUGACGACAGUGCAGCCUUUGCAAACGCAGUACGAAGACGACUUCUUCAAGCAGCUCGAGAUGACCGACAACGGGAGCCGGUUGGAAGAAGUGCUGCGUAACCUGUCGCACCGCGGGUUCGGCAUGCAGCUCUUCACCAAGGCUGUCACCGCCGCCAAACACAUGCACAGCGAUCUGGAGCCACAGGCGCGCAUGGAGCGCAUCAGAAACGUCUACCAGCGGGUGAAGAUCUCCUUCGAGGCGGAGCGCCAGCGCAAGGACAAGCUAGAAGAGCAGCUCACGAAAGCCCCGGACGAGGCUGCGCGCCAGGCGCUGCGCCCAUCGUUAGAACAGAGCGAACAGCGGCUCAAGGGCCUCAACCUGGUCCUCCUCUACUACGCGUCGGGCCUCAAGCACAUCUACGAGGAGCACGACGAAGGCUCGGAGCACUCGGAGGUCCCCGCCUAGCUGUGCCUGCCCACGCACAUAUACAUGUACAUACAUUCCCACCAAGCGGCCAAAUAUACACUCGCCCACUUUAGACAUCACGAGCCAUGACGAAGCCUUGUCGAAUACAUAUAGAGACUUCAGCGUUGAAUCGGAAAUAGUGGAACGACGUAGUGUUCACAUUAAUGCAUAACGACGUAGCGUUCGAAAAAGGAGCAGCCGUAAGCGUUCGCGUUACAUGUUUUAGUUUGGAUAGCGAAGACUUCGAAUAGCCCUGUAGCUCGGCUGUUGAAACGAAACAGGGCUAAUAAUUUUGAAUCUCGAAUCUGAAUUGUGGCAGUUGUUUACUGCCUGCAUGCUGACCGUAUAAAUGGCUCGAACUGAAAUGUAUGUCGCCUCAGUUCUUAUGCUAAAAGCUUUACCUGGGUAAAUGGGGUGGCGACCGUGGUUCGAACAACCGCAAACUGUAUACCUACCGCCGUAUCUAUAUAUCCACGAUGGGAUUGUCAUCACUGUUGCGUGACUCAUCUUAAUCUGUAUGAAAACUGCUAUGAUAUACUCGCUCAUUCCCUGCAUGAGAAGUUGUAAGUGGUCAACUGGUCAAAGCUAUAGAGGGAAAUUAAUUGCAAGACGCCUGUUAAGAUCGUGUGAGCAACCCAUUCGUCCACUGCUCGACUAGACGAUUGCGAAUUUUGAGAGGUAAUAUAUUUUAUAAGGAAUAAUGCUCUUCUUGGCUACUGUCAAUCGAACUUAAAUUGUGAGUCUGAAUACGCAUGGCUGUGACUUGAUUUCCUCAAAUUCGCCCACUUUGCGAUAGUGCGCUCGCCAUAUUGUGGUACUAUACAAGCUGCUAUGCUGAAUACAUUUCGAAAAGCAAAUAAAAACGCUGUCUAAUGGCACUCCACAAGGUGCGCCAUCAUAUAAGAUUUAUUAGUUUUUAUCCGUGGACUUUACUUGGACGCUGUGUACAAGAAUAUCCCCGUAUACUGUCGAGGAAAAGAUGAUGCAGAUUAUGGACUAUAGGCAGCUAAGCAAAUUGCAGCGACGCGAGCAAACGCCGUCUAUUCUCAGUUUCAAGGUGAUUGUGACAGGAUCGAAAUAUUUAUAGCGGCGUCAGCCAAACAGUUUUCUGACCAAGGUCACUACUCUGGCCCUACCAUCGUCCAACCAUUAUGAGAAUGGGUAGUACAUGGAUUCGUCUAGUCUUCGUGCCUUGUGGCUUCAGACGUUCUUGUGGCAAUAUUUAUUAGGUAUGUCCAAAUUUCCAAGAGGUCACACUUAUCACAACGCAUGCAAGCCUUAAGAUGAGCCAGAGGACGACGAGCAAGAAGGCGUCUUGCCAUAUUUAUCGACACUUACCCUGUUAGCUUAUACACCUGCAAACAUAGCUACGUAGUUCUCGAGGGCCGAAUUCAAUAUGCUUUUCGGUUGCAAGGGCUGUUUACCAUUGGCUGCCCGCCUUCGUUAAUGACAGUUCCGUCAUCACGAUUGGCUGGCACCUGUCCUCGCGAACAGUGCACGAUCGUUCUUGUGUAUAAGAGCCCAGUAAUUUCCUUCUUAGUCAUACCAAAAGCAAUUUAUACUCUCUCAAAGGGGUGGCGUUGUGUUCUCAAAACAAGCGCCUCAAUUGCAUGAUUCUGUGGCCAAUUUCAUCGCCGCCUUUCCGAUUCUUAAGAAGAAAAAAGAGAAAAAAGAAAGCAACCGCUGACAAGUCUUAACGUGUACGCACGCAUUUUCUUUUUCCGCGGUUUAGAAGACGUUCUGCUCAAAGAACACGAAUACAAAAAGAAAUAUAAUAUACGUGCACCUUCUAUAUCAGCUACAGCGCGUAUAUAGAGGGAAGCCCCAACCACUUGAAGCGGUGCUACAGCCGCUCAAAACAUACGGCUUCAGAUCACGGCGGUAUGUCUCAAACAUGGCACAAGCACGCAUGUAUUCUAUAGCACUUGCAACAAAGUUGUUGAUCGGGAGCUAUCAGGCAGCCUUCACGCUCACAGCGAUAAGAGAGAAGCGUGACGUUCACUUACUACA